CUCUCUUUCUCUGUCCAUGUUCUUCGCUUGACCAGCUCCUGUUCCUAAACCACUAGCCCUCAUCUACUGCACUUCCACUUUCUGUUUCUCGUACCGUGAGGCCUACUCAACAACACCAAGAUGGAGGCCGUCAAGAAGAAGAUGAUGAUGCUCAAGCUGGAUAAGGAGAACGCUCUGGACCAGGCCGAACAAGCAGAGACCGACAGGAAAGCAGCAGAGGACAGAAGCAAACAGCAUGAGGAUGAGCUGAUUCAGAUGCAGAAGAAACUGAAGGGAACUGAAGAUGAGUUGGAUAAAUACUCAGAGGCCCUGAAGGAUGCCCAGGAGAAACUGGAGAUAUCUGAGAAGAAAGCUGCAGAUGCUGAGGCAGAGGUGGCCUCUCUGAACAGGCGUAUCCAGCUCGUUGAGGAAGAGUUGGAUCGUGCUCAGGAGAGACUGGCCACAGCCCUGCAGAAGCUGGAAGAAGCUGAGAAGGCCGCAGAUGAGAGCGAGAGAGGGAUGAAGGUGAUUGAGAACAGGGCUCUGAAGGAUGAGGAGAAGAUGGAGCUCCAGGAGAUCCAACUCAAGGAGGCCAAGCACAUUGCUGAGGAGGCCGACCGCAAAUAUGAGGAGGUGGCACGUAAGCUGGUGAUCGUUGAGGGAGAGUUGGAGCGUACAGAGGAGAGAGCAGAGCUUGCUGAGAGCAAAUGCGCUGAGCUGGAGGAGGAGCUGAAAAAUGUCACCAACAAUCUUAAGAGUUUGGAGGCCCAGGCUGAGAAGUAUUCCCAGAAGGAAGACAAGUAUGAGGAAGAAAUCAAGAUCCUCACUGAUAAGCUGAAGGAGGCUGAGACCCGUGCUGAGUUUGCCGAGAGGUCUGUGGCCAAACUGGAGAAAACCAUUGAUGAUUUGGAAGAUGAGCUUUACGCUCAGAAACUCAAGUAUAAGGCCAUUAGUGAGGAGCUGGAUCAUGCCCUCAACGACAUGACCUCCAUGUAAAUAUAGGCUUGUGCAUGUGUGUGAAGCUCUGCUACUUACGAUUUGCUCUUGCUAGGUCAGCUAAGUUUUGCUGCAAUGGCGGCUUUUGAGUCUCGUGACUGAAUUGGUUACCUAACCUUGAGCUUCAUAAUUUCAGAUAGUGUACUUUUACUAUACAGUAUAAACCUCAGCCGCAAGUAGUUAAUAGUUGACAACAGGAGCCAUCGUUUCAAGUUUCUUGUGAAUGUCAUGACUUGGGCAAUAACUUCAGUGUGAUUCUAACUCGUUGAGUAACUAAUAUGCUAACAGUUUUAAGUGGUUUCAUGUUUAACUACAGAUAAAGGGGACAUUUUCUAUCCUCCAUUAAACAGGCUGAUUUUGCUGUGCCUUUAAGAGAAGCAAUACCGACUCCUACCAUGUUUCUGAAUACUGAAUAGUGUUGAUAUGCAAAUGUGGGUGGUCAUAUGUUAAUUUGCUGAUAGUUCUGACCUUGUAAACAUGCAGCGUUAUGAAUGGCCCAUUUUAUGGCUUGCUUUCUAUAAAUAGGCGUUUUGGAUUGUGGAAGGAUGUCUUGUUGUAGACCUGAACAACUCUAUUUUCCAUGAUAUGUCCCUUUUAAGGCUCAUGUUAAUAAUACUAAGGAUUUUUAACCACAAAUUGGUGUUUUGAGAGGUUUUUAAGAGCUUUUGCUUUUGUUGGUGGAAGAAUUAACAUUUGUUCUUAACACUUGCAUGUUCAGUUUGCGGCUUUCCUCAUUCUGAAAUGUAGAAAUAUUGUGAUGAGGUAUUCACCGCUGGUGUCUAUUUACAGAUAAAGAGUUUCUGGACUUUUCUGCGGCUGACUGUGACUUCAAGAAAUUCUUCUUCGUCUUCUCUGACUGUCCAUAUUUGUUGCUUACUACUUCUCUGAUCUCCUGUGUAUGCUUCCGUUUUCAUGUGUUUUUCCAUGUGCUCGUGUCUGUAGUUUCAGUUUCUCUAUUUAAGCCCUGUUCUGUUUCUGCUUUCUUUUGAAUUUCUGUUCUUUAGAUAUUCAUUGUCUGCCCCAACAUCUUCCUCUUAUCUGGAUCUGACUGUAUUUGGAGACUUGUUUGUUUGUCACUGGUUUUGCUCUCUCUUGUGACCUUUGCUGUAUUUUUCAUGCCUUGUGUCCAUGUUUAUUGAAGGGAGGUAAAAAAGCUCUGCUCUCUUUUGAAUGUCUGCUUGUCUCUCUUUAUUACAAUGGGCUGGUGUUGGGCAGUCAAGCAUUUACCAAUUUUAAAUUGCACAUGAAUAAGUGAUGUUUUAUUAACAAGUUUCGGGACCACUAAUUAACGCAGCCACUUCAUCAUCAGCAAUCACACCAUCUAUCCAAUCAGCUCAAGAGAGAACCCCUAUAAAUAAUCAAAGCAGUCUUACCUCCAUCAGUUCUAGUCUUUCAGCAUCCCUCCACCACCCCGACUCCUCACCUUCAGCCUGUUCUUACCCCAGCAUGGGGGGAACGCUCUGGGUCCGGGCUAAAUGCAGAGCUCGGACCCCUCUCUCCGUACAGGGGGAGUACCCUGGGCUCGGGGGUAAGUACCGAGCUCGGAGCCCUCUCCCUGGACAGCACGCCAAAUACGCAUAAACCUUUACCCAGUUUAUUAUAUGUAAGUGUGAACUCGUGAAUAUCUUGUGGUUGAAAGAUGAAAGCUUGGAUAAAUUCUCCUUCACUAAUUGUGAUGAAUCAUGAGUUUGAGCUAUGGUUAAGAUUAUCACUGGUGCCACACAUUUGAAGGUCUGAAGUUGAACAACAUUUAAGUAAAGAUGUACUUUAAUGUUAAGUUUGUGUACAAAUGCACAACAUAUUUAAGCCAACUGGAGGAAGUUCUUAAAUCAGUUAUGCUAUUUUGUGCAAUUUUCUUGUAUUGGGUUUAAUGCAUUAAGACCUAAUAAGACUUUACACAAGCUAGUGUUAAAGGGAUAGCUCGCCGAAAAAUGAAAAUUCUGUCAUUACUCACCCUCACGUUCCAAACCUGCAAGACCUUCGUUCAUCUUCGUAACACAAAUUAAGAUGUUUUUGAUGCAUUCCGAGAGCUCUCUGACCCUCCAUAAACAGCAAGGAUCCUAACACGAUCAAGGCUCAGACACGUAGCAAGGACAUUGUAAAAAUAAUCCAUGUGACAUCAGUGGAUGCUCUCCAAAAUGGUGCUAUAGAGUGAUGUGGAGGAGAUGAAUUGUUGAAUAAAGUUAUUUUUGUUUUCUUUGUGCACAAAAAGUAUUCUCGUAGCUUUGUAAAAUUACGGUUUGAAUCACUUAUGUUACGUGGCUUUUUAACGAUGUCCUUAUUACGUUUCUGUGCCUUGAUCGUGUAAGGAUCCUUGCUGUCUAUGGAGAGUCAGAACGCUCUCGGAAUGCAUCAAAAAUAUCUUAAUUUGUGUUCCGAAGAUGAACGAAGGUCUUGCAGGUUUAGAACAACAUGAGGGUGAGUAAUUAAUGACAGAAUUUUCAUUUUUUGGGUGAACUAUCUCUUUAAAUACAGUCAGCUAAUUUUGCAAUAGGAGUAUUAAGGUAAAAAUCCAUAAAGAGAUGAAGUUCAACAAUGCCCAUUUUUGGAGUUCUAGUGGUGCUAUUUAUUUUAAUAACAGCAUUAAAUAUCAGAAAUUUGACUGGCUUGCCUCCCUUUGUUUUGUUUUUUUAGUAAAACAGAAGGGGCUAGAAAAGCAGAUGUAGUCAUGCGGAUGUAGUGGUUGUUAUAGAUUACAGAUGGUAGGGGGCAGGCAGCUGGCCUUUUCUUUAGGCUUGAAUCAUUGAUUCUUGCUGCCCAUUCAGAUCUGUUUCGCUUUUCCAAAAAGGAGUAUUUCCAUUUUGAAAUGGAAACUGGCUGCCAAAAUGGCUGAACAGCUGUCAGCACUUGUGAGAAGUUAUUUAGAUCAUUCAAGCAACAGCAAUGUGAUAGUUUUACCAAGGUAUGAAAUGAAUACAUUAAGGACUAUUUUAGCUGUUCACAAAAAAAACCGCCCAGUGGCCUUGCUGCAAGUUACUGAAAAACAAGUCCUUGUCUUUCUGAGGUCUCAAUGGAUGGCCUGAUGCCAUAGAGCAAAAUUAAAAGGCUCUAGUUCAGCUGCAAGUUCUCUGAAAAAUUGGUUAAUUGUUUAGUUAUAUUUACCCCAGUGCUGUGGUAAAAGCAAAGCAUUGACAUGCCAGUGUUGCGCAAUUUUAACACUGUGGGAUACAAAACCAACAUAUUUCAGAUGAAUGUUAUCUACAGUAUCAAUCACCAUAAAUUUGAGUGGCUUCACAAGUACUAUUUAUUAAAACUGAACUGUUAUGCAAAUAUAAUGCUGAUACAGGAUUUGUAGUGGUAGCAUAACAUUGUAUCUGAAUGUAUCCAGUUAUGUUAUGAUCUCAAAAUGCUCUAUAAUUUUUAAAAAGGAGUUUACAACCUAAUAUGGUUGCUUAGAAAACCAUCUAAUGUUUCUUCAAGGAACCAAGGAAGUCUUAACUUGUCUUUAUAAUAAUAAUAAUAAUAAUAAACCACAUACAGUGUUAAAUUACAAUUUGAUUUUGCAGUUUUUCAUUUUUUGCUAUCCUUCGGGGGAUUUUUUUUUUUCUCCA